AUGGACCUGUCCUACAGAUCCACCAUCUCCAUCUAUAAGAGUAUCCUGGAGCAGUUCAACCCUGCGCUGGAGAACCUGGUGUACCUGGGAAACAACUAUCUGCGUGCCUUCCAUGCAUUAUCCAAAGCUGCUGAAGUGUAUUUUAAGGCGAUUGAAAAGAUUGGGGAGCAAGCACUGCAGAGCUCCACCUCACACAUGCUGGGUGAAAUUCUGAUGCAGAUGUCCAACACGCAGAGAGUCCUGAGCUCUGAUUUGGAAGUUGUGGCUCAGACUUUCCACGUGGACCUGCUGCAGCACAUGGAGAAGAACACCAAAAUGGACGUACAGUUCAUCAGCGAGAGCCAGAAGCAGUAUGAACUGGAGUACCAACGCAGAGCCACUAACCUGGAUAAGUGCAUGGCAGAGCUGUGGAGAAUGGAGAGGGCCCGUGAUAAAAAUGCCCGUGAGAUGAAGGAGAAUGUGAUGCGUCUGCGCUCGGAAAUGCACGUGUUCGUCUCCGAGAGCCAGAGGGAAGCUGAGCUGGAGGAGAAACGCCGCUACCGCUUCCUGGCUGAGAAGCACCAGAUGCUCUACAACACCCUCCUCCAGUUCUACAGCAGGGUAUGGCCCUGCCCCCCCCGCACCCCCCCAACCAGCCACUCACAGGGUCUUCUCGGAACCUCUCAUGGCCAAGGGUAUCCAUCAGGACGGCUCACCCCCACCCACCUUGAGAUGCCCCAGAGACCCCUUGGGGACUUUACUUCUUCCAUGACUGGGAGUAGAUCCAGCAUCUUCUCUCCGGAGCUUCCAGAAAUGAGACUGUCUCCUCAACCAGAGCCCCCCAGACAGCCACUGCGGAGGACACCAUCAGCCAGUUUGCUCCCGACCGGCCGCACUUCCCGGUCAGGUUCCUUUGGCGAGGCCAGUGGCAGCGGCAGUGAAGGCAGGAGGAAGAGUGGCACGGCGAGAGUACAGGCUAUCGUGCCCCACACAACUGGUGUCAACCGGACCCUGCUGCGGUUCGACACUGGGGAUGUCAUCACGGUGCUGAUGCCGGAGGCGCAGAACGGCUGGCUCUAUGGCAAGCUGGAGGGCUCAUCCACGUGCGGCUGGUUCCCUGAAGCUUAUGCAAAGCCUCUGGAGGAUGCGAGGGAGAUGGAGGAGCCAGCUACCAGGUCCUUCCCACUGCGAAGCAGUCACAGCAUGGAUGAUAUCUUGGACCGUCCCAGCACUCCUUCCUCUAGCAGUUACUGGCCCGCUGCUGCCCAGCCCCGUUUGCCGAACCCACCUCCCCUCUCGGUGGGAGCUAGCAGUCACCAGAGCGCGGUGGUCACCCCGCUCAGUUCUGGCUCCAAGAAAUCAGGAAUAUUUGACCAACCCCCUGAACUCUUCCCACGAGGUACCAACCCCUUUGCCACAGUGAAGCUGCGUCCCACAGUCACCAACGACCGCUCGGCACCCAUCAUCCGAUGA